AUGGACAAGAAAAGAAACAGCUACAGCUCCACUCAUGCUUCCUGUGUCAUACCAGUCCCAGCCAUGAUAGAGCCUGUGGUUGAUCACCAGAAACGCUUUCAGGCUGCAGUGGAUGUCAUCCAAAAACUCCCCAAAAACGGCUCCUACCGGCCUUCCUAUAAGGUCAUGCUGCGCUUCUACAGUCUGUACAAGCAAGCAGUGUGUGGUCCCUGUACAGUGCCUCGGCCUGGCUUCUGGGACCCAGUGGGCCGCUACAAAUGGGAUGCAUGGAACCAACUGGGAAAAAUGAGUAGUGAGAGCGCCAUGGCUGCCUAUGUGGACGAGAUGAAGAAAGUUGCACAGGAGGUCAUUGACACCAUGCCCAUUGAUGAGAAUACAGCCUCACUCUUCAAAUACUUUGAGCCUCUCUACCUGUUCAUUGAUGACAUGCCCCGACCUCCAGAGUCACUGCUGAAACUCAGAGAAGCUGAAUCUGCAGUGUUGGAGGUUAUGCCGCUCACCAGUGAUUCAGAAAGUGAAAUUUUCUCUGAUUCAGUGGAUUCGUUGGAGCUCCAUAACGUCAAGACCCGGUCAGACAGCUUUUAUAAUGACCACGUGCCCCUAGAGUCCUCUCCAGCUCAAAGCCAGAAGCAAGGCCGAAAGGUUGGGGCAGGUCAAGGUGGAGAAGGAGCAGAGGAUGGGAUGGCUCCAGACAGGAGGAGUCGGCACACUGGGCAAGAAACUUCUCAGCGUGAUUGGAGAGAACGUGCUCCACAGGGAAGUCUGGGUUGGUCCCCAGGUGGUGGAAGUGGGCAUGGACGUGGAGGAGGGCACGGUUCAGAAGGUGGUGCAGAGAUGCUGCAUCAGGCUCACCUACAACAGCAGAUCAUCCUGGCUCUUCAGAGGCUCAGAGAGGACAUGAGGAGUGUGAUGGACAGAUUGGAAGUGUUGGAGAGGCUUGCUGCCACACACGCUCACAAUUCAGACUUGAGAUCACACCUGCAGUGUUCACCACAACAGGAACAGAUGUCGUGGCCAUUUGACAUGUCUGGGCAGACUGUCGUCUUUUUGCUGCUGUGGCCUUUUGUUGCUCACUAUCUGGUCUACCUGCUGAGGAAGAAAAGUCGCAUGUCUUCAUGAAGCAGCUGAUAUUCAACGUAAGACCAGUGAACAAGUCCACAAUAUCUGUGAAGGAGUUUAAUGGGGAGAAGUUAUCCUCUACAUCAUUAUGUGAUUUGAUGCUCACCAUGGAUUCAUCCUUCAAAAAUAUCACGUCAUUUACGAGCAUCCUAUAAAUGUGUUAUAUAUGAUUCUUGGCACAUUUUUAAAUAACUGUAAUAAAAUAUUGUUCAAUA